CUACUACUUACUUGCUUUUUGGGUGCAACAAAAACAAAAAAAGUUAGAGAUAGAGAGAGAUAAAAAAGAGUUAAUAAAAAGAGCUCACAACAAGAACACAACACCACAAAGCCUUCCCCUUUAUUUUUUUCCCGUGUAACCAAAAAAAUCAAAAAGAUUACUCUCUCUUUAAUAUCUGGGUUUAUACUACAGUCCUUCUUUGGUGCAAAGAUCCCAAAAAAUCAAAAUCGAAAGAGAGAAUAAAUCAAAAGGAAGAAUCUUUAUCUGCUUUCUCUCGAUGAGGAUCCGGAAACGACAAGUGCCUCUUCCUUUAUCGUCUCUAUUACCAGUUCCUCUAUCAGAUCUCUACUUUAACCGCUCACCGACGGCCACCGCGAGAUACUUUCGCGGUGGUUAUAAAGACGGCGGUGAUGAUUUUGGUUCUCUUCAGCUUUCGCUUCCGCCGCCGUCGCAGAUUUCUGAUCGGCUUAUUCAAAGAGAUUUGAUAAAGAAGAAGGAGGAGGUCAAGGCUUUGGAUGAUGAUAAUGGUGAUGUAGACGUCAAGAGUCGUACUGAUGCAUCGGGCAGCAAGAAUGUUAAUCCCCGAGGAGAAUCCGUCUCUUCAAUACAAGUUGUCGAGAAGAAUGAAAAGGUUGUGUCUUUGAGGAAGAGAAGAGGCUUUAUCAACUUUGAGGAUUACGAAGAUGAGGAAGAUGAAGAAGCUAGUGGCGGUGGAGGCCGUAUUAAUAAAGGGAAAAAGAAAGCGAAAAAGAGCGGUGGUGGGUUAGAGGAAGGAUCACGGUGCAGCCGUGUUAACGGUAGAGGAUGGAGAUGUUGUCAGCAAACGCUUGUUGGUUAUUCUCUUUGUGAGCAUCAUCUCGGUAAAGGAAGGGUAAGGAGCAUGAACAAGAGUGGUGGUGGUCGUGGCGGCGAGAAAAAGGCGGUGGUGGUGGAAGUGAAGAAGAAGAGAGUAAAGCUUGGCAUGGUAAAGGCACGUUCAAUAAGUAGUUUGCUUGGACAAACCAGCACUAGUGGUGGUACUAGUGGUGAUGUUGAUCAGGGUGAGAUAAGUGCACCUGCUGAUCAGUUCGCUGCAUGUGAUAAGUAGGUCUGUUGAUCAGCAUUUGCAUGUAUAUGGAUAUGUGUAUGUUUAUGUACAUGAUGAUAAUGGGCAUAGCUCUAUGUAUUGGGUGUGUGAACAUGUCUAUGUGUAGAUUGAUCGAGGACGUAAUUGGCCUUUGCUCUGCAUCUUAUAUAUAUUGGUGGAUGUUUCCUAGUUUCAUUUUCGUUUAUACCAAGGCUUUAAUAGUUGAAACUUAGAUGAAUAAAUGGACUAAAGAAUAUGAUUGAAUAAGAUAUAACUAAAAUUGUAUUCUAUCUAGCUAUUACUUCUGUAAGUUAGUUACUACUUACUGUAAAAGAAUAGUAGUAAUUCAUUGAUGUUUCAACUUUUUUAGCAAAAUCAUGUGAACUGUUUUUCUCCACGAUGCUCACUGCAACUGGUGCAAAAUAAAUGAAAUCAAACGAUAGGACUACUUUGUUUCAGUUUCCAACCAUAAUUUUUUACGGUAUUUGGA